CUCAGUUUCCAAUCUUCGGGUAAAACUUCUUGGUUCCAAAACUGAUUCGAUGAGGUGAUGUAUUUCCUCAUUGUUUUGACAUGGAGCACUUUUAAUAAAUUCUGAAAGCAAUUUCAUGUUUACCUAAUGCCUACACCUAAACUUGAUGUGUUUGGUGAAUGCUUACUACAAGUAACUCAUGAAAAUAUCUACCUCUGGGAUAUCAACAACUCUCGAAUAAAACUGGUGGCCUGGCCAUUAACUGCGUUACGCAGAUAUGGUAGUGAUCCUUCUAAAUUCACUUUUGAAGCAGGAAGGCAGUGUGUAACCGGUGAAGGGAUGUUUGUUUUUCAAACUCUUGAAGGUGAUAGAAUUUAUCGAAAAGUACAUCAGGCAACACUUGCAAUUGCUGAAGCACAUCACAGAAUGAAGGAACAUAAUGAUAAAAUAUUUUUUAAUCAAGAUUCAUCAUCACAAAAGGGAUCAUCUUCAAGAAGUGUGUCUUAUCCAUCUGGAUUUCCAGAAUCUAGCUCUUAUCAUAUUAUGGAGGACAGUGAUGAAGAUCAUCAAGAAGCUAUUGUGUCCAAUCUUCAAGUAGUAGCUGAUCAUAAACGAAUGGUAGCUAGUGAAGAAACUUUAAUUCAUCAGACUGUUCCCAGACCAAGAUCAAAAUGCAGCUUACGCUCUCAUUUAUUGCAGUAUGGAAAAUAGUUGUUCUUGAAAACCUAAGAAGAAAGUGAAUAUUAUGUGACUUUUUGCAGACAACAGAGUAUUUUUGUGUGCUUCUGUCAUCUAUCAUUUUUGUAUGAAAUGAUACAUAAUGUUAAUGUUUGAGCUGAAUAUAAUAUUUUUUAUUAAUUUACAGCUGUGCAUUCAUCACAUCAACUGUGAGCAGUUAUUUGUGCCAGGACAAAUAAAUGCUUAAAAAUAUUGAAAAGAAGGAAAGAAAAAAGUCUUGUUAGUCACAGAUGCACUUCACAUUUUCACUCCAUUUUCAUAUUAAAAAUCUUGAUUAAAUGCCUGACAAAUGUAAGAGAAUUAAAUAUAUGCCUGACAAUUGUAAAUUUGUGUCUUAUGUUAUGCUGAAUUGUACAAAAUAUAAAUUUAUUUUUUAUUAACCUCAUUUGCAGUAUGAGAGCAAGCACCUUGAAUACUGCCUAAAUAAAUAUUUGUUGUUAUGAUUGAAAAAAAAUUCUCCCUUUUUCAGCUGUUGCAUAAACAGUUAAUAUUUAUAAAUGAUAAUCAUAAUAAUGAUAAUUACAUUGCAGUCAACUCCUGAUUAACCAGAGUAAUAACAGAGAUGAUAUCUAUGAUUAAUCCAAAUGCAUUUGAAUCCAAAAGCAUUUGGAGAAAAGAGGAAUACUCCAUAUUAUAACUAAAAAAGUGCUAUUAACUAUUUACCUGUGUCUUCAAGAGUUUAGAAAAUAAAUUAAUUCGGUUAUGCAAAUUAAUUAAGUGAAAAAGAAAACAUUUCAAAUGUUUUUGCUCAUACAACAGUUGGAUUUCUGUAGAGUCAUUGUGAACAGAUGAUUAAUGGCUGUACACUUGAUAUAUUAUGACAUAGCAGUUUAUUUUUAAUGAUUUGUGUAUUUCAGAUUGCAAAAAGUGUGACAUCAUCCUUACUCCCUCCUAUUUAUUAUUCCACAUAUUUUUAUUUUGUAUCUUCCGCAGACAGUUAUGUUUCACAGUUGCCUCUUAUAGUUUGUGAUUGUAAUUUUUCCAUUAUACUGCAAUAAACAAUUUUAAGACUUUUUGUGGACUGCUUAAAUUACCCUCAUUUGAUCAGGAGUUGGGUGUUUAAAUGUUGAAUUUGUGCUGUUAUUAAUAUUGUGUUUGAAAAGCAUCAGUUAAAAUGCAUUUCCUAUGUUUGUAAAUUGUUAUAUAACCAGAUUUUAGAUUAGAAUUUAUUUUGUCUGUUUUACUGUUACUUAUAGCUCUAUAGAUUUGCGUUACUUUCAUGUGUUACAAAAUAUAUCUCCACACCAAUUUAAUACUUAAAAUUAAACUUUCUUCUGAAGUUGAAGUAAGUUUGAAGUACAAAUUUAUAUAUAAAUGUUUUUCUUGUUUGACCUUAUGAAUAAUUCACUUGUCAGUUAAUAUUAAUUUAUGGUGAUAUUUAUUAGAAAAAUGUUAAAAUUAAAAUUUUUACUAUGUCAAUUUGAUAAGAGAUUGAUUUCAGGAAAUUAAAUACCAGUGUUUGAUGAAUUCCCAGUUAUACCUAUGCAAGGAAACAAUUUUUAUCAUGUAUGUUUUUCACACCUUUGUGUUUCAAAUGAGACUUAGCUACUAAAAUUUGCUUGAAUUCUGUAUGAGAAUCCAAGCUGUCUUAAGUAUGUACAGAUUUAAUUGAUUGAGAUUACUAAGUGAUGUUUUGAAACAAAGUGCAUGUGAUGAAAUUAUUUUAAAAAUAUGUAUGACACUGUGUGAAGAAUGAUUUGUAUUUUUGCAUAAAAUGUAUUUUAUUCUAGUACAAGGUGAAGGGGUUGUUAACGUUUGUCUUGGUAACAACUUGUUUUUAUAUGAACUUACAUUUUCAUACUACCCCCUCACCCGCCUUUCCAUUUAUUUCCUAUUCUGAUACUGAACAUUUAAUUUGCCAUAUACUGUUCAAUCUAAGGUGAUUAGAUAACAAUAUAGUUUGCUGUUCAUUUAUGUACCAUAAGUGAAAUAAAGUAAUACUUGUAUAUAUCUUCGAUAUUCACAUUUACAUCUAUUGAAAUUUCCGAGUUUGUUCAUCUGAGAACAAAAAGUUUUAUAUCUGCUGAUAUUUUAUAAACAGAGUGAAACUAUAUCUCAGACAGUGAUACUGAUUUUUCUGUCUUUUUUUUCUUUUGUUUUAGAAAAAAUUUUUAGUUAUGAUUCAGUUUUUAAAAUUUCUUCAUCUGUUCAAAACAGUUUUUUAUUAUUAAUUUGAACUAUAGCAACACUUAGUGUCAUAAACUUUGAAUUAUCUAAAAUUCUGCGAAAUGUUAAAAAUGAAUAUGACUGUUAAAUAUAUCUGUAAUUAAUGAAUGAAAUUUGAUGCAAAGCUAGGAAAUUUCUAGAAAAGUCUGAUGCAUGCUUUUACUUUCUUUCUUAAUUAAUAAAUGUAAAUUUACAUUUUCAAAUGGGGAUCAUAAUUUUUAUGAGUAUAAUCAUUAUUCGUUUGCAAAUAUAGUAAUGUUUGUUUUGGAGCUUCAAACCAAUUAAUAACAAUUAUAUAAAAUUAGUUAAAUUACCUGUUUUGAGCAAUAGCAAAUGGAAUCAUGCAAUCUGAAAAUUGAAUUAUUAGCUAAAACUAUACUGGCCAUCUGCUAUAAGGACUGUUGUUUCCUGAAAGAUUUAAGAGAAAUUGGAGUGCAUUUAUGUCACACAUAGAGAAAACUGGGAAAAUUUCAAGCAGCCAAGCUAUUCAAUUGGGAAUAUUCACAGGGUGAAUUAUAAGUGUUUCACUACUUUCAUUAUUUUACUGUUUGAUGUCUUGAAAUAUUUGUGAGUUGAUUAAAUCUGAUUUGAUAUUUUUAUUUUAUGUAAGAAAAAGUGCACUGAACAGUGCAUUUAUUUGCUGAGUAUUAUAAGUUUUUACUUUGUGUGAAAUUUGCUUUAAGAUGACCCUCUAUGAGUAGUUCAGAAGCUAUAGUUUUUAAAAUCUAGCCAGGGUACACAUUAUAUAUUAAUUUUGAUAAUAUAGGGUGCUAAAAUCAUUCUUUUUAUACUAACAAACAAAGAUAAUACUGGUCUGUAAUGUUUUUACCGCUAAAUCAUGUGUUAUAUUUCGCCGUUUAUAAUUAAAUUUUCGAUGUGUGUUUACUUUUCUAUAUUUUAAAUUCAGUGUCAAGCAGCUAUAAAAUACAUUAUACAGUAAAUGGGACCAAUUUAAAUUGUAUGAAUUUUCAAAUUUUUUAUAGACACAAAUGAUCUACGUUUUUUGUUACUUUUACAAGCACACUUUGAAUGUCAAGAGUUAACUAAAAAUCAUGCAUAAUACAGCAAUUUGAUGUUAAGAUUUGAAUUCCUUUUAUUACAAAUAAGUCAUUAUGUCAGUACAGAUCCUUUGUUUUAGAAGCUGUAGUUAAUUUCAUGUAAACUAUUAACUUUUCAGGUAUUGGUGUUAUUUGGGUAUAUUUUUUACCAUUUUCAUAAAGGUAGAAAAGUUUGCCAGGUAACUUUGCCAACUGAUAAAUAACAACGUGUAAUAACCUUUAUUAUGGAUUAAUAAAAAAAGCAGAACAAUAAUGCUUGUGCAAAACUAAUUAUUAAAAAAAUUUUUGUUUAUGAAAUUUUAAAUUAAUUUAAAUUACUCUAAAUCAGUUUAAUUUCUAACAUUUUGUUCUAAGAGGUUUUAUUAAAGUAUUUUAAUUAUAUGUAUCCCUAGUUAUAUAUUUUUAAAUGGCUAAUCAUUAUACAUUAAUGUUAUUUUACAUAUGGAAACUCACGUGUGACAUUAUUGCUAACUUAAUAGCUAGGAAAUAAUAGGCUUUUAUUUUUAUUUUUUUAUUUUUUUAAGCAUAUAAAAUAGAGUUUAAAUACUUUAAAAAUAGUGUUUAAUUGUUAUUAUUUUAAAUCAGUAUCUAGAAUUUUGAAUUUUUUGUAAUAAUGAAAGUUGAUUGAGUUUUCCAUUAGGAAUUAACUAAAAAUUACAAAUGUAAUUAAAUAUCUUAAAGUAUUGUAGCUGGGUAGAGUAAUUGAAUUCAAAGAAUGUAGCUCUGUCUGAACUUAUAUGCUGAUUCCAGAACUUGCAUCCUGACUGGUAUGCUGCAAGAAGUCUUUUGAUUGAAAUUAAUUUAGAAUUCUAAAUUAUGUAAAGGCCUAAAUGUCUUAUAAGGGCUUAGUGCCUGGAGCCAUAGUAGUAUGUGUGAUUCAUAACUAAAAAUAUAAGAAAGAGAUAUAUAUACCAACAUAAAAUGUAAAAUUAGGCCAAAAAGAAGAAAAAGAUUGGUAUAGAUUUUAUAUCAGACUGUAUUGAUAGAAAUUCAAGUUGCAAAAAAAUUCUGAAAAUUUUAGUAUCUUAAAGAAGAGAAAGGAAGAAAUAGUUUAGUUAUCUUCAAAAUAUAUUGAAUUUAAUGAAAAAGCUAUGCUAGUAUUAACAUAUAUAUGUAUAUAUAUAUCUAAUCUUAUGCUAUAAUUAUGAGCAAAUUGGCUUCAAAAUAGGUCCCGCAUAAAGUCAGAUAAAGUUCAUUAAAGACAAAGUUUUAUUCACAUGACAAGUAUUAUGCACUGAAAAUUAAUUUCUUCAGAUCAGCCAGUCUGCAUUGUUUUUAGUAUUUCUUUAAUUGAACUGGUAAUUGUUUUAAUAUUUUGUGAGGGGGUUGAGAGAGUAUAUUUGACAGAAGAGACCUUACUUGUGCAAUAAUACGAUGUUUGUUUAACCAUAAUAUUGCACCAAAGCACCUUCAGUAGUGCUCUAAAAGUACAGCAGUUUGGCAGAAAUUAAUUUCAUAGUAGUCUCUCAUCUAUCUUAGUUGCCAAAUUUUUCACCUUGAGAUUCUUUUAUUUCUGAUACUGACAUCCCAAGUGAAAGUUGAUUGAUUAAUUAUGACAAAGCAUUCAAGGCUGUGUGUCGUACAGAGGAGUUUCUAAGCCAGACUGGCUCAUGUGUUUACAUUACAUAUGGGAACUUCUCAUGAAAUCUGCUUGUUUGCAGGAAAUCAAGACCAGAAUGAACUAAUAGUAUUCUUCAUUUUUAUCCACUAGGUUUCUCUGAAUCUGGAAAUUCAGCAUCUUAAAUUUAUAUUAGAUAUUUAGGCCCAAUUGCAGAGGGUGCUGCUACAUGUACUUCAAUUAAAAGACUUUCAGAGAGCCUUCAUAUUUGAGUUCUGGUUUCUGCAUAGAAACGCAGGUAGGAAAAGAUACAAGGUCUAAUUUUGUACUAAGUUUCCAAAAUUUAAUUGACCUGUCCACUUUCUUUUCUAUCAACUUAAUAUAUAAUUUUAUGGAAUGUAUUAUAUAUAUAGAUUAAUAUAAUGCAGUAUAUUCUUAAAUACAUAAUUUGUGGUCAAAUGAUUGAGAGCCAUGUCAUAUCUUCACAUUUGUGUUGAAAGUAAAAUUCAUUGAUUGACCUAGACUUUUGAUUCUUUAAAUGUGCAUUAUUAUUCUUUUGGGAACAGCAGAUGUUAUUCUAUGAUGCUCUUUCAUUACUUAAAAUAAAUAAUUGUUUUAUGGUUUUGGUAAUGCAGUGUAUAAGACAUAUGCAACCACAAGAAAAUUAUAGUUAUUUAGAAAGCACAGUUAUAAACAAACAUUUGCCGAUACCUGUAGGAAAAAUUAUUCCAUAAUUGGUAUAAGAAAAGAUUCAUGGAUUCAGUAUCAGCAGUACAGUGCAUCAUAAUAUUGAAUAUAAAUCACAAAUUUUUUCACAUACUUGCAUAAAAACUAUUAUAUAUAUUUAAACACUGAUACACUUUUAUAUAUUACACUACUUAUUUCACUUAUUUCAUAUUUAUUACACUAAAUUGACAAAAAUUGAGUCUAAGGGUAUUGUCGAAAACCUAUCGGCCAAGCAAUAAUGUGAAAUGAUGGAGAAGCAGUUACAACUGUAAAGGAAAUUAUGAACAUGUGCAUUAAACAUUAAAGGGAGUAAACACUGCAUUGUUUGAUUGAAAAGGGAACUAACCACCUAGUAUUUGUACAAUUCAAGCAGCUAUAUGCAAGCAUUCAAAAAUGGCUAUGUUAUUGCAAAAUCAAUGAGCUCACUGCAGUAUUUGAUGGUAUAAAUGUUGUUUUUUGUGAAGUUUGCUUGCCUUCUGCUCUUUCUGCUGGUAGAAUAUUAUUUGGUUAAUUUAUUUUGGUAAAACAUGAAGCAAUCUAUCUAUUUAGGAAGAUUUUCUAAAAGAAACUGCUUCUAUUUAUCCAAGGAAUUGAAAUGGAGGUACUGAACUGAAACAAGAAUGUUAAGGGGGUUUCUGUUUUCAUGUAUUGCAAUAUAUCUCAUUGUUUGUAUAUUGUUAUGAACACUUUUCAGUUCUUGUUUGGAUGGUGUAACCAAUAGAUCAGCUUUCUUUUCAAUCAUAUGAUUCAGUGCCUGUCCGAUUAGCACUAUAUAUGUAUAUUAUUCAUUUCCCUUUUGACAGUGACUGCUUCUUUGGCAUUCAGUGUUACUACUUAUCCUAUAGGUUUUGCACAGUAGUUUUCAGAUUAUUUUAAUUGACUGGCCAUUAUAAAUUGUGUUGUGUUAAUUUCACAAAUAUUUACUUGAAACUAUCAGUAUUUACGUGCAGUGAAAAUAUAUUGUGUAUGUUUAUUAUUUUCUUUUAGUUCCCUUCUUUGCAUGUUUUAAUUUCAUAUCAAAGUGAAAUGUUUGAUUCUUUUCUUCACAGAUACAUUCCUUAUAUUUAUUGCAUAUUUAAAUAUUUUUGGAUUAUAUAUGUGCAUGAGAUUUUAUUUUUAUUUUGUCUUUUUUUGUUUUUAUGUGUAUGUAUAUAUUUUUUCCAUUUAUGUUGCUCAAAAUGUAGCACUUAUCAUUUUUAUUUCAUGAAUAAAAAUUAUGUAAGCUUAAUUGGUGUGUGUGUUUAAAUGUCUGAAAGGAAAUUCUGAUUUCUGAAACUAAAUAUUUAAUUGUAACUUGUUAAUUCAUUCUGCAUUUGAAAUAAUUAAAUGACUGCAUUCCUUA